AUGAAAAAACCAGCAGCACCGAAUCUACUUAUCGUCAUGGCCGACCAACUCAGUCCUUUUGCUGUCGGCGCUUAUGGCAACCCAAUCGUAAAAACGCCGCACAUCGACGCUCUCGCCGAACAAGGUGUCGUCUUCGAGAGCGCCUACUGCAAUAGCCCUCUAUGCGCACCAGCCCGCUUCACAUUCAUGUCCGGCCAGCAAGUAUCAACCAUUGGUGCCUAUGACAACGCGGCUUAUUUCUCCAGCGAUACACCAACCUUUGCUCACUAUCUACGCCACCUGGGGUAUCAAACCAGCCUUAGCGGCAAGAUGCACUUCAUCGGCUCCGAUCAAUUGCACGGUUUUGAGGAACGCCUAACCACGGACAUCUACCCCGCUGAUUUCGGCUGGACGCCAGACUGGCGUAAUCCCGAUCAGCGCAUUGACUGGUGGUAUCACAAUAUGGAUACCGUUAAACAAGCUGGAGUGGUAGAAAUAAGUAAUCAACUCGAAUUCGAUGAAGAAACUGGCUACCAGGCCCAACGUAAGCUGUAUGACCUAGUACGCAACAGCGAUCCUCGACCGUUUGCAUUAACCGUAAGUUUUACCCAUCCGCAUGAUCCCUACGUUACCCGCCAACGCUAUUGGAAUUUAUACCGCCACGAUGACAUUGAUCUACCGCGCACUCCCGCUCUACCCUAUGCAGACAUGGACGCACACAGCCAACGCUUGCACCACGUUUCUAACAUGGAUCAUUAUGAAAUCACUGAAAACGACAUACGCAAUGCCCGCCAUGCUUAUUACGGCAACGUGAGCUAUAUCGACGAGUGGUUAGGUAGGUUUCUACACAUCCUUGAUAAAACGGGUCUGCGCGAUAACACCAUCGUUAUGGUGACAAGCGAUCACGGUGACAUGCUGGGCGAACGCGGAAUGUGGUACAAGAUGAGCUUUUUUGAAGGCUCGGCACGAGUACCGCUGAUUAUCUCUGCACCUAAACACUUCCCCUCGCGCCGUAUCUCCGACCCCGUUUCGCAUGUUGAUUUGCUACCUACCUUGGUUGAUAUUGCAAAAGCAGAUCAACCAAAUUUCACCUACCCCGAACCGAUUGCUGGACAGAGCUUGCUGCCGCUGUUACAAAACGAGCAAACAACCGCUACCCACGAUGUCAUCGGCGAGUAUAUGGCUGAAGGCUGCACCUCACCCUUGCUCAUGAUUCGCCGUGAACACUAUAAAUAUAUCUUUUGUGAGAAUGAUCCAGCACAGUUAUAUGAUUUGGACGCUGAUCCCGAAGAACGCGAUAACCUUGCAACAAAACCGGAAUUCGCAGAGCUAGCCGAGAACUUCCGCCAAGAGGUAUUCCAACGUUGGAAUCCAGCCGAUAUAAAACAAGUGGUGAUCGCCGAUCAAGACAAGCGCCGUCUGUUGUAUUCAGCCUUACGCCAAGGUCAAUACACAGCUUGGGAUUAUCAACCACAACAGGACGCCAGCCAGCGCUUUAUGCGGAAUCAUCUAGAUUUGAAUAAGUUGGAACAGCAAGCGCGUUUUCCAAAAUCUAAUCGUUAG